AUGACUCUCUGUUCUGAGAAAUUCCGAUCAUCGACAUUACAACAUACACUUCACAUUCUCUCUCUCUCUUUCAUUCUCACAGCUUUUUUUUUCUCUUCCCCCAAACAUUUAAAUACUUUGUACUUUUCUUUAUCUCUGUCUUUUUUUAUAUAUAUAAUUGUUCAUUGCUUUAUAUAUAUAUAUAUUCUUAUUAUUAUUUAUUCAUAUAUUCACAUUUUAUUACUUUCCACUAUGAUUAGAACUUCUUUUAGAUCCAUUGCACCAAUUGUUGCCAGAACUAGAACUAUCCAUUCUUCCGCGGCAAUCUUUGCUAAAGGAGAUACAUCAACCAUUGAUUCAUUUAGAUUACCUUCACAAACUUCCAUCAAUGAAUGGGAAUUCAAAUAUGAUUUCAUUCCAAAAACUUCAGAACCUAAAGCUCCACCUUUAACUAAAGAAGCGGUUAAACAAGAUAUUGCUCAAGAAAAGGCCAAAUCUGUUGAAAGAGAAUUGUUUGCUAAAGAAAGCAAUUCAUCUGUUAAAGUUGAGGCAAACAAUGCUCAUGUUGUUCAUGGUGGUGAAAGUGUUGGAUCUGAACCUAUUUUAAGAGAAGAUAAAGGUAGUGAUCCAAUUGAUGUUUCUGGACCAAAAAGUCACCCUUCAAAAGUUAAAAAAUCAGCAAAUCAUGAUCAAUAUGUUCAAUCUUCAGUAAAUCCAAAUAUUAAUACUAGUGAUGUUGUCAAUUUGAGUGAAAAUGAAGUUGACCACAAGACUGAAUCAGUUGAGAAACAAAGUCCUGUUGUUGAAGAUAUCGAACAUGAUAAUUUGACUAAUCAAGGGCAACAGGGUCAAAAAGAAACUACUAGCGGUGGUGGUUCUGGUUUUGCCAUUCUUGCCUUGAUAGGGUUCGGAGGUGCUGGUUACUUUUACUGGGAUUCCAAAAAGAAGAGAAACUAA